AUGCCGGCGCCCCCGAUCGAAGAGAGAGUCCCGAUUAAGGACAUGCAGAAGGUCUUCCACUACACAGAUACUAUGACCCGGAAACCGACGAGAGAAAACGAUCCUUACGAGUACCUGGCGGGAUUUGGCAACAGACACCAGUCCGAAGUGAUCCCGGGGACGUUGCCUGCUGGUCAGAACAACCCCCAAGAACCUCGCUUCGGACUUUAUACGGAGGGUAUCACCUACUCGGCCUUUGCAGCUCCGCGCCAUGCCAACUUCAGCACUUACAUGUACCGGGUUCGACCGGCGGCUGCUCACAAUGGGUACCGAGCCAACAUCGAACACAAGGCAGACAUCGAGAACUGUUUUUUGUCCUUGAACCCUAAGGUGGCGACGCUUGCGGAGCAGGGUGAAUGGGCUCCCUUCCCCCUCCCGAAGGAAGACGAAAAGAUCGAUUUCGUGGACGGUCUUCACACACUGGGUGGUAGCGGAGACCCCAACUUGCGCGAGGGAAUCGCUUUGUACGUGUUCAUGAUCAACGCGGACAUGGACCGUCGGGCCUUUUGCAACACCGACGGCGACUUCCUCAUCGUUGCUCAACUCGGCAACCUGGACAUCCAGACCGAGAUGGGAAAGCUGUUCUUGCAGCCCGGGGAGAUCUGCGUAAUCCCUCGGGGAGUUCGGUUUGCCGUCCGUCUCGGCCCCGGACACAACGUGGCUCGUGGAUAUAUCACCGAAGUUUGGGGCUCGCGCUGGGAGCUGCCGGAUCUAGGUCCCAUCGGAGGCCACGGCCUGGCCAACCCCCGGGACUUCCUGCACCCGGUCGCCCACAUCGACGAAGUUCUUCACGCAGAUUGGUCCAUUGUUAACAAGGCCAACGGCCUUUACAAUGCCAUUGAACAAGACCACAGCCCCUUCGACCUCGUUGCAUGGCACGGGAACGUUGUCCCCUAUAAGUAUGACUUGACCAAGUUCUCCUCGCAGAACGCGACGUCCAUCGACCACACGGAUCCCUCGGUGAACUGCGUGCUGACGGCGCUCUCGCGCGACCCCAUGACUCCGCUGGCGGACUUCCUGUGGUUCGGACCUCGCUGGGACGUGGCGGCUAACACCUUCCGCCUGCCGUACUUCCACCGUAACUCGGCCACGGAGUUCCUGGCUUCUCUAUACGGCAAUGGACUGGGCCGGUCCGACGACUUCUUGCCCGGCGGUGGCAGCGUUGAGAUCAGCCAUACACCACAUGGCAAUUUUAGCGAAGACUACGUGUAUGAGAUGCGUAACCAGGUCAACAAGCCUCGGAAAAUUCUCGAGAGUGAGUGAAGACCCUCCGUGACCAUAACCGAAACACUCACUAAUGGGCUGCAGAUCAAAUGACGAUCAUGGUGGAGAGCAGUCGGUCGUUCUUGUUCACGGAAUACGCUCGGAGCGGAUGUGGGACCUUCAAGGAUCAGGGAACCGACCCUAAGGUCUGGGAUGCUCUGCCGGACAAAUUUUCCUCGUACCCCAACAUCCAGGAGAUUCUUCGCCAAGUCAAGGCCGACAAGGAAGCCCGUAAAGAGCGCUUGGAGGCGUAUUACGACGAUGGGAAACUGGCGGAACUCGUGGCAGGUCAGAAGUCGACACAAUAGGGGUACAUA